CAAGCAUGCCAGUCAACUCUGCAGCUGAGAAGAUAAGCUCCUGCUAGGCACCCGUAAUCUUUCGAGCUUAGUGGGGCCUUUUGUUUGGAGGGGCUUAUUAGGAAUCAAGUUGAGAGAUGAGGCGCUGGCAGUUCGACGCGGUUGAGCCGUGGUUUUCGCUCGAUGGAUGAUGAUGCCUUUGAAUCGAGGUGCCUGGAUGGCGCUAUGUCCGUCUCCGCGGUGUGUAUAUGAUCACUUAGCUGACCUUUCUCUAUUUCGCGCAGCGCAUCUCGAUUGGCUUGGACCUUAAUCGCACCGUCUCUCCGGUCUCACACCUUAUUUGCUUUCCAGUCUUUCUUUGCCACGCGCUCUCCAUCGCACUUCCUCCCUUUUACCAUCCAUAGCAGAAACCCUUUCAUCUGUCUACCUAGCAGUACAAUCACACCGCAACCAUGUCCACGCCCCUCCCGGCCUCGCGGCCGCGCACUAUGCGGCGAUUGAGCUCCCAGGAUGCCACAGCGGCGGAGCUCAAUCUGCGCUCGCCCACUGUGGUGGUGCCGCCGAAGCAUCUCAUGGCUCCGAGUGAUGCCCACGAGGUGGCUGCCGCCAUGGAGAUGGCAAGACUUGAGCUCGAGGACGUUUCCUCGCCUCUGUCUUCGCCAGAGACGCCACCCGAGACUUCGAUCACCGACAAGUACGCAUUCGCCUUUGAUAUUGACGGUGUGCUCAUUCGCGGCGGGCGGCCUAUCCCCGAGGCUAUUGAGGCCAUGAAGGUACUCAACGGCAAGAACGCGUAUGGAGUCAAGGUCCCGUAUAUCUUCGUGACAAAUGGUGGCGGCAAGACCGAGCAGGAGCGCUGUAUCCAGUUGAGCAAGCAGCUGGAGAUCGAAGUGUCUCCCGGACAAUUCAUUUGCGGCCACACACCCAUGCGGGAAAUGGCCGCAAAGUACCACACCGUUCUAGUUGUGGGCGGCGAGGGUGAGAAGUGCAGGCAGGUGGCCGAAGGCUAUGGCUUCAAAGACGUUGUGACCCCCGGCGACAUCAUCAAGGACAAUCCAGACACGACGCCGUUCCGUAAGCUCACUGAGCAAGAGAUCCAGAACUCACGUUCUCGUGACUUCUCAAAGACGAAGAUUGAGGCCAUCUUCGUCUUUGCUGACAGCAGAGAUUGGGCGGGUGAUCAGCAGAUCAUCCUGGAUCUACUGAUGUCGAAAGGAGGAUAUUUGGGCACCCGAUCGGCGACUUUUGACGAGGGCCCACCACUUUUCUUCUCGCAUAACGACGUUGUCUGGUCCGCUUCCCACGACCUGACUCGCCUUGGUAUGGGAGCUCUUCGCCUGUCGCUCGAAGCCAUGUACAAGGCUGUGACUGGUAAAGAGCUCAACACAACCGCCUUUGGCAAGCCGCAAAUCGGCACCUUCCAGUUCGCCACACGUCUACUGAAGCAGUGGCGGAAAGACACGCACGGUAUCAAUGCGCCCCCAGAGACUGUGUACUUCGUUGGGGAUACUCCAGAGUCCGACAUUCGUGGCACGAACGAGUUCAACAAGCAUUCGGAAAAUACAUGGUACUCCAUCCUGGUCCGGACUGGUGUGUUCCAGGAAGGCACGAAGCCCAAGUUCACGCCCAAGGCGACAUGCGACCACGUCCUAGACGCAGUCUUGCACGGUAUGGAGCGUGAGCAAAGGAAGUCGUUGCGGGAAGACCUCAAUUCCAUGCAGGAGAAGCUGCAGGGUACCGCGAUUGAGGAAGUGGACUCAACCGAACCCACGCCCGUCACCUCCCCACCGCCUGCCGCGGCAGCAUAGACACGCACGCACACCUAAGACAUUGGCGAUGAUUCUGCGGCGUUGAGCAGCAUUUCCACGGCGUUCCAAAGACUUCAAAUGAUACCAAGCCAGACAUGGUGGAAUGAACCUGGGAAAGCAUUUGUCGAGAUGCUCUUCACAUACACAUAAAAGGCUACA